GGGGUCGAAGCGAAGGCAGCCGAGCUAUCCCGGCUUGCUGCAGAGCUGCGGUCUAGCAUGGUAGAGGUGAACAGGCUUCAGGAUGAACUUGAAAAGACAAGGCAGCAGGCCAAAUCACAGGCUAUACAACUGGAGCAAGAACGAGAGCAAAGAAGUGAGAUCUUCUUUCGAGAGCAAGCCUUGCGUCAGGAGCUGGCAAGGUUGAAGGAUGAGACGAUAGGGAAGCUCACUGUGGAGUCCCCUCGGCGCGCUGAUUGCCGUGGUGAUGACUCCUGCGAAUUGCGGGAGGCAUUGGCACAGAGUCAAGGUCAACUCAUGGAUUUGCAGGAGGCUCUUCUAGCAGCUUGUCCAGGAGGCUCACCUUCUGCCAGCCCCAAGUCAGUGGAGUUGCCGGAGAACCAGCUUCACUCAGAACUUUUUGGCAUGAAGCAAUCUUUGUCCAAGCAGGACGCUGUCAUAGCUGACUUGCAAACUCAAAUCACGGCUUUGCGAGCUCAGAGCAGCUACCUGAACCAGCUGUCGGAGCUACGAGAACAACGUCGCCUUGAGACUCAGGAUGAAGUGUUACGCUUAAAGGGGGAGCUCGUAAGCAUUGAGCGCCGGAACUUUGUCGGGUCGGAAUUGGAGCGUGCUGCAGAGGAGGCGACACAGGAGGCUGAGCGUUUGGAACAAGAAUUGCGGAAAAAGGACCAAAGUCUCAAGCAGCUGGUUGAAAUAAAGAUGGGCAUGGAAUUGCACGGUGCAGAAGCACUAGAUGUAGUGCAGUCGGAGGUACCGGCUUUGCUUGAGCAGGUGGGAAGUCUUCAACAGCACCUUAAAGAUCGAGGGGAGCUCUUGUCUUCCUUGGCUUCUGCAAUGGGAUCCACAGAAAACUUGCAAGACUCUGAUGCCCGCAAUUUUUUAAUGGCGAAGGUGCGUCAGAUGAAGGCUCGUGCGGAGCAACUAUUCAACUUAGCAAGUGCCCUUGGAUCUGCAGAUUUGCACGAGUCUGAAGUGGUGGACUUUAUACAGACGAAGGUGCAAACUCUCCAAAAGCAGUUGAAAGCCCGAGACGGCCUACUGUCCGAAGUGGCUUUUGCUGUUGCAGACUUCCUGGAUACUUUGGGCUUGGCAGACUUGGAGCCACCCAGUGAUGAUCCAAUGCAGGCGGCUCAGAGCAUGAUCAAGGCCAAGCAGGAGAAGGAAGAAGUGGCUUUGCAAUUAAAAAGGGUCGCGCAAGCGAAGGCCACGGUCAAAGCCAAGACCUCUACUAGGAGCAAAGAUGUGGCCUCGGAUUCAGAUUCGUCCUCAUCCGAACAAAGUGCCAAAAAGUUGCCGUUUGCUGUGUGCAAGUUGUUCUUCACCUCUCUUCCUUGUGAGCGGCGAUGA